UGUUUCCUGUCUGUGGGGUUCAGGGAGCUGAAGGAGAACAAGGAGAUGCUGGAGUUUCGGGGAAACUCGGAGCGAAGGGUCUGCAGGCCGCGACUGGAUCCAAAGGUGAGAACGGACCCGAUGGAGAGACGGGCUCAGCAGGAAGGACGGGCAUCAAAGGUGUGAAAGCCCCAAAGGGCGGCGUGGGAGACCGUGGAGACAAAGGACAGCGUGGCCCUCGAGGAACUGUGGGGCGCAGCGGCCUCUCCGGACCCCUCGGCCCCCCCGGGCUCCCGGGAACCAGAGGAGAGCUCGGGGCGCUCGGAGACCUCGGUGUUCGAGGCCAGGCGGGACCUAAAGGAGCUCCAGGCCCCUCCGGUCCUGGUCUGACGGAUGAGCAGGUGCUUCAGCUCUGCAGAGGCGUGGUCACCGCCCAGAUCUCCCAGUACGCCUCCUCCAUCCGGGCCAAGUGCUCCCAGGGCUGCCCCAUCAACAACCGGACCCUCAUCGGACCCCCGGGGGGGACGGGGCCCCUGGGGUCAGCGGGAAAAACU